AUGGCAGCUCAAAGUUCACAAUUUCAAGAGGAGACUAGAAGUAAUCUGAGAAACACUGGUGCUUCAAUAAAAAUUAUGGAAGUGCAAAUGAGUCAGAUUGCUCAACAACUCGCAGGAGUGGUAAGGCAAAAGAAGUCCCUGAAAAAAGAUGAUGAUCAAGAAGACCAAUUGCUUGAAGUUGAUUUGGAGAUAAAAGAAAAUGAGGGUGUUAGUGAAGAGGUGACAGUACCUAAACUAGUGGUUAAAGAAAAAGUUAGUGAAUCAAAGCCGGUUGUCCAACUCCCUUUCCCCACAAGAAAUAAGAAGAAAGAGCAACAUGAGAAGAACUUCGAGGAAUUCUUGGAGAUGUUCAAAAAGCUUGAGAUUAACAUUCCGUUCUUGGAGGCACUUGAGAAAAUGCCCUCUUAUGCUAAAUUCAUGAAGGAUAUUAUUUCAAAAAGGAGGAGCACUGACUCUGACUCUAUUGUACUAACCGAAACUUGUAGUUCUAUUUUGCAGGGUAUGAAGAUUCCGGUAAAGAAAAAAGAUCGAAGCUCGGUAACUAUCCCUUGCACUACCGGGGAUAGAUCUUUCAAAAAGGCCCUUAUAGACUUGGGGGCAAGUGUGAGUCUCAUACUGUUAUCCAUCUACAAGAGGUUGGGGAUUGAUAAAGUGCAGGAUACCAGAAUGACACUCAAUUUGCUGACCACUCUGUGA